CUCUCUCUCUCUCUCUCUCCCUCCAAACUACGAAACCGCUUGGGGUCUCUCUCCCUACGCAUCACCGUACAGUUACUACCAAUACGCCUGAGGUUAACACAGUGUAAAUAUACAAUAAAAGUGAACUGAUAUUAAUUGUUCCACGAGAAGUUUUAUCAUGGUGGCCAAUUGAACAAUAUCGUCAAACACGACAGAGAAGAACAGUUAAAACCAGCAGCAUAACACAGCACAAUGCAGAAGAACUUAGCUUAGAACAGCAUAGUGGUGUUAAAGUUAUCAUCAAAAAGCGCAACACAGAAUAGAUCAACACAGCAUAACACAGUGUAGAACAAUGUAACAGUACAACGCAGAAGCACAGCACAGCACAGCACAGCACACAGCACGUUGGCCACAGCAUCGAGCGAACAGCAUCCCUCCAGUGUUAUCAUUGACGAUGACGACGAUGACGAUGACGAUGUACUACGCCGUCAGGCUACUUAGCUUCACUGGCCUUGUGAGCGCGGCGGGAGGGUUUGCUCCAAGCAUCGACGCCCCCAUCGCCACCACGGAGCCGCCGCCCACCACCACCCUCAACGCCGCCCUUCAGCCCACCUUCCUGGGCCGCCACAACGCCACCGUCAACGUCCACGCCGGAGACACCGCUGCCCUCAACUGUCAUGUUCUGAGGCUGGGUGACAAGACGGUAUCGUGGGCCAGACGUCGAGGGGGAGACUUUCACAUCCUCACUGUUGGAUUCCACACCUACCAUAAUGACGAGAGGUACUCACUCAGCUUCGAGUACCCGGACAACUGGAAGCUGCAGAUCCGUUACGUACAGAAGAGAGACGAAGGCCUUUAUGAGUGUCAGAUCUCAACACAUCCGCCCCAGAUCCUACGAGUGUACCUCAGUGUCUCAGUUCCGAAUAUCGAGGUUCGUGACCCUAGAGGGGCGGCGGUGAACGAGGCUUUCUACCGAGAGGACUCCACAGUAGGUCUUCAGUGUGUGGUCCUCCCCGCCCACCCCACCCGCCCAGUGCGCUGGUCCAAGGACGGCCGCCCACUCACCACCCAGCCCGAGAGAGGCAUCAGGGUGGACACGUCACUGAUGGGGUCAGGACUCAGCUCUUGGCUACACAUCGCCCGCGCCGUCGUCACCGACACCGGCAACUAUACGUGCAGCGCCGGGGAGACCAUCACCGCCUCCGUCAGGGUGCACGUGUUGGACGGAGAGAGCUCGGCAGCGAUGCAACACUCAACUACUGACGGAGCAACACCCACCUCAAGCCCGUGCUGGGCCGUCCACCUCUUACUCCUCGCUCCCCUUCUCCUCACCAUCACUUAGCCUGCCGCUGAAGGUGGCUUAAGACCUUCCCAAGGGCGUGAGAUCUGAGCUACCCAACCGCUAGAGGUCCCUGAGGUCCUCCCCUCCCCCAAAGAGCGUGAGGGCACCUGUACACUGACAUUAAUCACUUAUUGUUACACUGGGCGUCAACACACACACACACACACACACACACACACACACACACACCAACAACUUUUUUAUAUGUAUGUUCUUACAAUAAAUAGUUAUGGAGUUAU